CUUUAACCCCCUAAAAUGGCAGAUAAUGAUCUAAUUCAGCCUCAUCAAUUUAUUAUCAUUGAAAUGCCAAGUGGCAAUUCAAAAAUUAUUAAUUUAAAACCUAAUACUAUGAUCAGUUUAGGAAAAUUUGGUAAUUUCCAAUCAGACAAUCUCAUUGGGAAACCUUAUGGUUUAUCCUAUGAAAUUAUGGGAAACAAAGGUGAAAUUAAACCUGUAGGACAUGUUUCAAAAAACACUAGUAUAGAGGAAACGGAUGCAAACAAUCAAACAAUCAUUGAUGAUACCUCAGUUCAGAAACUAUCACAUGAAGAAGUACUUAAACUCAAAGAAAUGGGUCUGCGUGGAGAACUAGAUACAGAAGAAAUUAUUAAAAAGAUGGUUGAUUCACACGCUGAAUUUUCAAAAAAGACGGAAUAUUCGAAAGCUAAAUACAUUGAACGUAAAAAGAAAAAAUUUAUGAAGGUCUUUACACCUGUUAGACCUACAUUAAAUACAAUUUCAAAUUAUUUUUUUUCAAAAAAUCCCGAGAAAAUCAAGCAUAUUCGUAUCGACACACUUUCUAUAUUAUUAAGUAUGGCUAAUGUACAUGCCAAUGCUAAAUUGUUAGUCGUCGAUGAUACUCAGGGCUUGAUUGUUGCUUCUUGUUUGGAACGAAUGGGUGGAUUUGGUCAACUUGUCGCUUUACAUGAAGGAGACUUUCAUAAUUAUGAUAUUUUACGUUAUAUGAAUUUCCCUAAAUCAGUUCAAGACACAUUGUAUACUGUUCCAUUCGCUAUGAUCGAUCCUACUACUCCUGAAGAGCCUUUUGAUGUUUUAACAGAAGAUCAAGUGAAUCAAUUAGACGAUGAUCAAAAGAGAGCUUAUCAAAGACGAAAGACAGCAUGGGACUACAAAGUAAAAUCAAGAAAAUUAUUAUUUGAGGGAGACUUUGACGGUUUAAUUAUUUCUUCUGCCUUCCAACCAGAGUCUGUACUUAAGGUCUUAAAGGACUAUGUAGCUGGAUCUCGACCUAUUGUCAUUUAUAGUUUCAGUAAGGAGGUACUAUUACAAGCUGCCUUUUGGAUGCGUCGAACAAGAGACUUCUUGAAUGCAGAUGUAACUGAAAGUAGUUUACGUGAAUAUCAAGUAUUACCAGGUCGUAUGCAUCCCAAUAUGAAUAUGAGUGCGGGUGGUGGAUAUCUUUUGUCUGCUUUACGUGUUAUCGAUUGUCCUUAUGAUCCAACACUUGCUAAACGGGGUGAUAACGAGAAACGAUCAAAAAAGAAGAAGAAGAAGAAUGAUAAAAAGGAACCCUUAGCAAACCAAAAGGAAGAGAAACAAGACGACCAAAAGAUGGAAGAAGUGAAAUUAGAAGAAAAUGUUAAUAUGGAAGAAACCCAGUAAUAUAGAAAAAAUAACAUGAUUCAAUGCAUUUUUUUUUAUUUAAUAAAAUUUUAAUAAUCUUCAGAAAACACAUAAUGUGUUGAAGGUUAUAUUAGAGAGAAAGAAGGAAUCUGAAAACCCAUUGUAGAUAUAUAUAUGUAUAUGUAUGUAUGUAUGUAUGUAUGUGUAAAAGUUUGUUCAGAAAGUGCCUGGCUAAAGGACAUAGAUAAUAAAUUAUAGAUAAC